CCGUCGCUAUUUUUUCCCCUCCUCACAUUUAUUAUGUUAGGCACAUAACAUAUAUAACCCACAAGAGGACCUGGCAAAGGGCAUCACAACACAAUUAAAGCUCAAAUGCCAUGGCAAUAUCAUCAGAGACCCCAUCACAGUCCGGAAAAUCAUCUUCCUCGUCAUCGUCAACGUCCCCGUUGCCUCCUCUGCUCGAAGUCGAGACAGCCAAGUGCGACUCGUGCGGGUUCACGGAGGACUGCACCGUGGCAUACAUUCUGAGGAUCAGGGAGAGGUUCCACGGGCGGUGGAUUUGCGGGCUCUGCAUUGAGGCUGUCAAGGACGAGAUCCUGAGGUCGGAGAGGCGCAUCUCGACCGAGGAAGCCCUCAACAGGCACAUUAACUUCUGCCGGAAGUUCCGGUCCCCCAAGCCGGUGGGUGAGACGGAGCACCCCAUCUCGGCCAUCGGGAGGCUGCUGCGGCGCAGCCUCGACUCCCCAAGACCCCUCCGGACGAGCUCGAGCUACGUGCUGAGGGGGAUCGAGGCUGUGGAUAGCGUCGAUCCGAAGGCACUGGUUCGCUCCGGAAGCUGCUUCUCUUCCAUCUCGAGUUGAGUAAGUGCCAGUUGUCUGAGUUGGGUUCAUAUGGAAGGUCAGGCUGUGAGAACAAAAAUGGAAAUUUGCAAUUAAUAUUAAGAGAGAAGAAAGAGCAGAGAAGGGUAUGAAGUUUCAUGGAAGAUUCCUCAGGAUGUGAAUAAACCAUAGGAGUCCUGAGGAUUCAGGACAUAGAUGAUGUUUUUAGCUUAUUGGUGAGCUAGGAAUUGUCGUGCAGUGGCAUGUGAAUAUUGUGUUAUUUUGAGAAGAGGACCGGACCUGUGGUUUCGAAGUCCUUGUCAUCCCGCUCGGGUAAAGUUAUGUCACGAAACCGGACGUUAAAAAAAGCAGUGGUACAAAACAGAAUUCACAAUAUUUGUCUUUUUA